GAGCCGCGGCAUGGAGGGCAGCCGGACCCCGCUCCGCUACGGAUCGCUCGAGUCCACCCGCUGGCCGCCCGCGGGGCCAGAGGAUGAGGUUGUUUCCAUGGCUGACUCAACCACCACCAUUGAUGACAUCGAAGGGGAGCUCUUCAAAAUCGAGCGGAUCAGGGAGAUCCUGGUGAGGAGGGAGUCGGAGCUGCGGUACAUGAUGGAUGACAUUCAGCUUUGCAAAGAAAUCAGCCGGCUGAAAAAGGAGCUUCAAAAACUCAUAGCCCUUCCAGAGAACGAGAAGUCCCAGGAGGUGAAGCAGAGGGAGGAGGAGCUGGUGCAGCAGAUACACAAGCUGGUGGAAACGCGGGAUUUCCUGGUGGACGAUGUGGAGUUUGAGAGGCUCAGGGAAAGGGAAGAAGACAAGGAAAUGGCCGAGUUCCUGCAAAGUAAGCUCUCCAAAAGCUACCUCCAGAAAGCAACUCCUGUCAAAGAGAAGAAAAUGACUUCCAGGGGGCAGCAAACCUCUGCACCAUACAUGACCAAAACAGGCCUCACCCUGCUGAAGGAGUGCUGUGGCUUCACCUGCUCCAUCAUGUAGGCCAGCUCCUCUGCACGGGACAUGACCAUGGUCUCCAGCCAGAGUCCACAAUCUGCUCUCUCUGAGAGUUUCAACUUCCCAUCAUUGUUGAUGCUUCCCACUGCAGCACCACCACCACAGGGACUUCCCAAGCAGGCUGGUGCAAGCUUGAAUAAUGUCACGUGUCCUUGGUGCUACAUCAAUGGUUGUCUCCUCCAUGACAUCAACAAACACCAAAUUCCACCUGAGGGAAGAGGUGUGUGCAGCAGCAAGUGAGUCCAUGACAAGGAGGACCAGUUCAGUCCUUCACCUGGACAGAGUUGUAGAAGGACUGGGAACUAAUGUUUGGAGACCAUAGUGCUCCAACAUCCAAGACAUGCUGUGGCCACAGGUGAUGUUUCAUCCUUAGCCUUGUACCACCUUUUGAGUCUCUGUGGGAUGAUUCCUGCGGACUCUUGGUGGGGAAUGUCUCCAAUCUGGGUUUUGUUGUGUUUUCAUCAGUUUUGUGGCAAGGUGCUCCAUGGCUUGGGGUGUGGCUGAGCAGGGUGUGAAGGGCAGUCCCCAGAGCUGGCUGAAUGAAGGGCUAGUUCUUGUGAAGUUCUCACCUGAGCACAGACCUAGUAUGUUGAACAGAUGGGUUGCUUUUCCCACCCCGCUGUCACUGGAUUCAAUUUUUGCAUCCAAGGAAAAGGAGGAAAUUAGAGCAAAAGGGAAAAGGAUAAAAAUUCAGAAGAAGGAAAGGAAAACCAAACCAGAGCCUGGAAAAUGGCAGGAGAAGAUGGAGACAGCAGGUGAGAAACAUUGUCACUGCCAAGAGGGCAUUCAGUCCUGCCCUCCAGGGCCCCAGCCAGUGCCUCUGGGCUUGGCACCAUGAGCUGGACAUCAAGUCCUGUGCAAAAGACCCCUGGCACCCUGAGGUCACCCAGUGCCUCUGCUCCUGUCCCUUCUGAGCAGCCACCCGUGUAGAGGUGGCACAGCCAGAGCUGCCAGUGCCCGUGGUGACAGGACAGGGACUCUCCUCACAGGGUGUGAAGGCCCCUCACAUCUCCUGUCCUGCCUGCCCUUCUGCCCUGGAGGCUGCUCUGGCUUCACUGGGUGUCCUGGGGGGGCCUCCCAUUUGUGUGGCUGCCCAAGAGCUCUGGCUGCUCUCUGGUCAGAAUGCUGAUCCCUCCAGCUCAGUCCUGCUGCAGCUUGGUGUAGGGUUGUGAGAUGUUCACAACCCCUGUGGCCCUUUCCAUUGCACCUGAGAGCACUUUCAUCCUUAUAAAACACAAAGCAGGUGAGAUCCUUCCUCGUGCAGCACCAUAGGCAGGUCCACGUUCCUCCUGCAUUUCUUUAUCAGCACUGCCAGGAAACCCAGCAUGUGGGAACCUUUGCAAGGGGGUUUCCACUCGCUGGUCCCUCCCUAGCAAUCUCCUCCUCAUGUGGACCUUACCAGCAGCCAGGAAAGUCCACAAACUAAACCAGUCCCUCUGCACACACACCAGGGUGCAAGACCCGAAUGGGCUGAUGUGGCACCUGCUCAUCCUUGGCAAACAACCCCUCUUUGGUUCGUGUCACCUCUGAGUUGACUUCAGGGGUCUCAGUCUGAAGCCUGCUUACUUUGUGCUGGUCACUGUUGGUGCCCUACAGCAUCCUGCAACCACCACGCACCAGCUCCUGGUGCUCUCCUUGCCUGGGAGAAGCUUCAGCGUGGGCUGGAGGGAGGACCCUGUAGAUCACAGGGACAAAUCAAGUGACAGAGAGCUCAGCCUGGUGUGAUGGAGGGAGGUGCAGGACCCAGCUGGGGCUGUUGUCCAAGCAGGGGUGACAGGCCAUCAUUGGUAGCACCCACCUGGAGCUGAUGGGAUGGACUGGGUCACUCACUCCCUGCUCUUCCAGAAACUGUCCCAUGGCUGCUUGGCUCGGUCACUCUGCAGCCAGGCACGUGGGGCAAUACUGGUGUUUGCUUUGAUCCACACUGACCUAAGGCCCCCCUCACUGUCCUCACCUUCCCCAGGGUCUUCCUGGGAAGGGUGAGUCACUAAGCCCCUUUGGUUGGUUGGACCCGAAGACACAAAGAGUCCCCAGCCCAAACCUUGCCCCCCAUGUUCAUCCCAACCUCCACCCCACAAGGCCCCAGGACCCAGACUGGAGCUGCUGAGCAGUGCUUGGGCAGGCAGGGAGGCAGGGGGAGGUGGGCAAGGUCCUGGCCUGGCUUGUUCUGUGUUUGCUGGCUGUGUUUGGGUGGCUGGUCAUGGAGAAGAAGGCAGGCUGCUCUCCUGGCCACACGGUGCUGUUUGGCCUGGAUUUGAGCUGAUGAAGGUGCCCAGCACACGGGAGCGACGCCGUUUCAUGUGCAUUGUCUUCAACCCCGACAAAUAAAUGUCAGU